CGUUUUAGACUCCGGUUUGGUAGAAGGACCGAAACCCGUAAUUUUUUUCUCUCUUCGACUUGGAGCGUUCUCCAUCUUCUUCGUUCUGAUUCUCUCUCUGUGGCUCACUGCCGUUUGCCCGUUCACUGAGGUUGGAGUAUACCGUUUCACUACCUAUUUUCCAGCAUCAAUUUCGUAAAACUCUCAGCACAGAAGCAGACAAAGCCCUAGAAAGAACCCAGACAAAUGGAUCCUCAACCAGAGCCAGUCAGCUACAUCUGUGGAGAUUGUGGAAUGGAGAAUACUCUAAAACCAGGAGAUGUUAUCCAAUGCCGAGAGUGUGGAUACCGUAUUCUCUACAAAAAACGCACCCGUAGAAUUGUUCAGUAUGAAGCUCGCUAAGAUUAGAAAGAAGAUGUUGAUUUUGAUUAAUGGAGGAUGGAGAAUGUCUUUGGUCUUACUAUAACUAGCUGAUGUGUUUGGUUUUCAUGCAGUUUAAGAGAACAUGUAAGAGCUAUUGAUAUUACUGAUUUUAUAUAGUUUCUAUGGAAUUAUCACAUUGAUGCUGGACGAUUAAAGUCAUAGUUAUUAAAGGCGCGCCUCAGAGGUGUGCCUUGCUUAAGGCUCAAGGGCUUGCGCCUCAACAGUCCUGAGGCGGGCGACUUCACUCAAGCUAUCGCCUCUGGGUAGAGGCGUGCGCCUUUUUGCGCCUAAGGCUCGAAAAAGGCACGCCUUUCGAUUUUUCACCAAAUAAAAAAGAUAAUCGUUCCAUACAAA